CCGGAGAGGUGUUUCUCUGGGUCUUCUCUUUGUCUGCCAGGAUCCUGUGCUCUCUGGGUGUUCCAGCCCCCGGAGAUUCGUACCCAGGAGGGCACCGCUGCCUUCUUGCCCUGCUCCUUCAAUGCCAGCCGAGGGAAAUUGGCCAUUGGCUCUGUCACGUGGUACCGGGACAAGGUGGCCCCAGAGAAGGAAGUGAGGAAUGGGACCCCGGAGUUCAGGGGCCGCCUGGCCCCUCUUCCCUCUUCCCGUUUCCUCUAUGACCAUCAGGCCGAGCUGCACAUCUGGGACACCCAAGACUGUGAUGCUGGAGUCUACGUGUGCAGGGUGGAGGUGCUGGGCCUAGGUGCUGGGACGGGGAAUGGGACUCUGCUGGUGGUAGAGAAAGGACCUCCUUGGCUAGGGGCCAGCACAGUCCUCCUCCUUCGGGCUGGAUUCUAUGCUUUCAGCUUUAUCUGUGUGGCCAUGGGCAGCAGCAUCUAUUACCAAGGCAAAUGCCACCGUCACCUGGGAACACACUGCCACUUCUUAGAUGCCACUGAUGAGUGAUUCCAGACCCCAGGCAUCCAAAUGUCUUCAAGAGACCCCAAUAAAUCCUCCUCUGCCCCACCCGCUAA